AUGCCUAAAACGGACAAAUCCGAUAGAAAGCGUCGACUAUCUUCUGAUGGGAAUACCCCAAAACCAUCAACAAAGACUGUGAAAAUGGCGGACACUAAUUUAGAGGAUAUGGUGGAUAAAAUUACUGUUAUUGCGGAGGCUGUCCAAAAACUGCAAUGUCGUAGUAUGCGUGACAACCUUUUGUUUUUUGGCCUGGCAGAAUAUAAGGGUAACAGAAAAGAGGAUUGUGUGCGUCUCAUAGACGAUUUUUGUGAUGACCUACUUCGGCUCCGUAAUGUUAAGCAGGACAUUGAAAGGGCUCAUCGGAUAGGAAGAAGGAGGAAUGGAGAGUGCAGACCAGUGGUAGUGAAAUUUUCGUCGUUUAGAGCGAGAGAGAAAGUCCGCGCCAAUGCUGGAAAGCUAGUGGACACAAGAUAUGCAAUUCAGGAACAAUUCCCAAGAGUAAUACAGGAACAAAGAAAACAACUUUACCCAAUUCUUAAAGAAGCAAGGAAUAGAGGUAAAAAGGCAACAUUGGUUGUUAACAGACUGUAUAUUGAUGGUGAGGAGUACACAGGACCGGAAACACUGGAAGCUAUGGAGACAACCAAUAGGGAGAAUCAUGAUGAGACUGUAGGGUAG